UUUUUAGAUUUGAGUUGUUUAAAUGCCGUUGAACACAAACCUCGCGGUAACUUCGAAGAAACCGCUCACUUCAAUGGAUUAGCUGCCACUAGUCAUCGCCGACUUUGACAGACAAGAUGGCGCAAGCUGGCGGCGGCAAUGGAAAGAGUCCUUCCCGGGAGCCGAUUGCCCUGCGCUCGACCAAGUUGAACCACCUCGUCUUGGGCCGGGCCAGCUGCUCCCUGCCGAACCGCCACCUAGCCAGCCGGGACAGUCUGCUGGAUGCUCUGUUUUCCCUCUACGAUGAAUGCAACCGCGAGGUUUUGCGACGGGACAAGAACAUCUCCCUGUUCCUGGAUAAAUACCGUGCCAUAGUGCAGGACUUGCGGCAGCUGCGAGUGAGCAUAGCGGACUUUGAGGUGAAGACUGUCAUCGGUCGCGGCCACUUUGGCGAUAUCCGCAUGGUCAAGGAGAAGGCUACCGGUGACAUCUACGCCAUGAAGAUUUUGCGCAAGGAUGACACCCUCUGUCAGCGGGAGGUGGCGUUCUUUGAAGAGGAGCGGGACAUUCUGGCACGGGCGGCACAGACGGGUCCCUGGUUGACCAGGCUGCAGUAUGCCUUCCAGGACGCUGGCCACCUCUACCUGGUCAUGGAGUUACUACCUGGUGGUGACCUGUUCAAUUUGAUUGACCGCUCGGGGGGCCUGCUGCCCGAAGAGGAGGCUCGCUUCUACCUCGCCGAACUCACGCUAGCCAUCCAUGCGCUGCACUCUCUGGGAUAUGCGCACAGGGACAUAAAGCCCGACAAUGUGCUCAUUGACCGCACAGGCCACAUCAAGCUGGCUGAUUUUGGAUCAGCUGCCAAGCUGUCCGACAAGAAAAGCAUCUCAAGUCGCCUUCCUGUCGGCACACCUCACUACGUGGCGCCUGAGGUGCUUAGUUCCAUCAGCGGGGGCCUCAACGCCUGUGCCACGGUCCAGGGCCCAGCUGUAGACUGGUGGUCCCUGGGCGUGCUUGCCUACGAGAUGCUCUAUGGCUUCAACCCUUUUGCUGACGACCGCCUCGUCGUCACCUACAACAGGAUCAUGAAUUUCCAUGAGACCCUGGACUAUGUAAAGGAUCCACCAUUAUCUGAGGUAACCAUAAAGGUGCUGCAAGGCUUGCUUACCACGGCUGACAAGCGGUUCUCCUACGACGACAUGUGCCGUCACGAGUUCUUCGCUCCAGUAGACCUGGAUAAUAUAAGACAGACCGUGCCGCCGUUUGUGCCGAACCUCACUGGGGAGGAAGACACGUCUAACUUCUACGAGUUUGAGGAGGAGCCGGCACGUGCCAAGAUUCCUGCCUUGCGGGAUCAGAAGCGAGGCUUUGAGGGCACGAGCCUGCCGUUUGUGGGCUUCACUCACACCCAGAGUGCCAGCAAUGCAGCCUUGGAGAGAACGGUGAGCUUCCUGGAGGUGGGCUCUCCGAUGCAUGAGACCCUGAGCUCGGGGGCAUCGCUCCGACGGCGGAGCCAGCGCCAAGAGCAGCUGCUGUCGGAGGUGACCCAGCGGGAGGAGAGCUUGCGCCAGGAGGCACGAGAGGCCCGCACCCGUCUGGACCAGGCACAGACUCGGCUGGCCGCCCUCGAGAGCAGCCUGGUCGAUGCGGAGGCCCGCGAGGCACAGCUGCGCUCGGAUAACCAGAACCUGAACAUGCUGGUGGAGCUGGAGCGCAAGAACCGUCUGAUAUCGGAGGAGAAGGCGGUGCAGCUGCUCAAUGCCAUGAAGCGCAAGUACCGCAGGCAAGACGAACUUCUGCGGAGUGGCUACUUUGUGGCCAGCCCAGUGCGGAGACCCACCCCGAGAACGUUCGUGGUGGACGAGGCCAACGGUGACAGAGAGAAAGCGGAGGAAGAGGAGGAAGGAGACGAGGCAUCGGUGCAGAGUGAACUGCAGCUGGCGCUUCGCGAGAAGCGCCACUUGGAGCAGGAGCUGGCCAAGGAGCGAGCCCUGUGUGCGCAGUACAAGAUGCAGCUCAACUCGGCUCUCUCGGAAGGCGUCCAUUGCAUGGAGGAGAUGCAGAAGAAGCACAAGGCCAAUGUGGACUCCAUCGACGAGGUCCGCAAGGAAGUUGCUGAGGCGGUGUCCAAGCAGCAGCAGGCUGAAGAAGCCCUGUCAGUGUGCCGCGACGACUGCUCCCGACACCAGGCCACAGUGGACACUCUGGAGAAGGAGGUGGCCUUCCUCAAGGGGCAGGUGUCUGCGUCCAUAGACAAGACAGCUGCCGCCAGCACCACUGCUGCCACCUGUGCCCGGUGCACCACAUCGCUGGCCGAGGUCAAGCGCCUCAGCGAGGAGAAGGCCAAGUUACACCGCGAGGCAACCGAACUGCGGUCCCAGCACCAGCAGCUCCUGGUGGCCUGGGAGUCCCAACGGAGGCAGGACAGCCAGCUGCAGAGCGAUGCCAACGGUCUGCACUCGGUUGUGGCACGCCUCGAGGGUGUCGUCAGCACUGUGGAAGCCUCCUGCACAGAGAGCGCAACUGCUGCACCACAGCAGGUUCUUGUCAAGCAAGCAGAAGAGCUCGAUGCUUUACGCAAGAAGACCUGCACACUAGAAGAAGUCAAUGCCCGCUACAUGCAAGAGAUUGAGAAGUUGAAUGCUGAAGUCCAGGAGCUGACCAAGAAACCUGAAAUCUCAGCUCCUGCAAAUGCUGAAGUGAAUGGUGUCAAGACAGCUACGUCAUCGCUGGAGACCGAGCGCCAAGCCCUGCUCGAGUCCAGCAAGGCCUUGGAGGCCCAGCUGGCAAAGACGCGGGAAUUCCUCUCCACGAGCCGUGCCCGCUGCGGGGAGUUGCAGAUGCAGCUGCGCAAGAAGGAAGAUGAGCUAUCUGAGUGCCAGCUGGACAGCCGAAUGGCCAAGCGGGAGGCCAAGCGGCUCGAGGAGAGUGAGCGGCUGGCACGUGAGCACCGGGACCAUCUCCAGGAGGAGAUGUCCGAGCUGCAGAAGCAGGCGGAGGAACUGAGAGCACGGGUGACACAGCUGGAGCUCUCUUUGGCACUCGCCGAGAAGGAGGCCACGUCUGCUAAGCUGGCUCAUGAGACGGAAAGGGCAAAGCUGGAAGAACGCAUUCAGAUGCUGAGGGACAGUUGUGUCUCGACAAAAGAUCUGGAAGCCAAGUGUGUCUCAAAGGCUGAUGAAUGCCGGGAGCUGACUGUGAAAUGCAAGGUGCUACAACUGGAAGCGCAGCGCGAGGCUGAGGUGCGCACGCAGGUGCUAAACAGCUCAAAAGAGCUUGAAGAGGAGCUCAAGAAAGAACAGGCCAAGUCGGACAAGCUGCUCAAGACGCUUGAAGUGCUCAAGGAAACCUGUGAGGAGUUGGACAAGCAGGUGUGCGGCUACGAAAAGGAGUUGGCUGAGGCUGACAGAAAGAAUGACGAGUACAAAGCUCAGUGGGCGGCGCACAAGGAAACCGUGGACAAGCUCAACAAGAAGAUCUUUGAGCUGAAGGAGUCCCUGUUGCUGGCAAAGACUAGCAAGCAGCGGCUGGAGGAGCAGCUGCAGGAUCGUGCGCAGGGUGAGAAGGAGGCGGAGGCAGCCCUGGACUCCCUCCAGGGCCACCUGCGCGAGCGGGAGGCCCUCCUGCGGGAGCUGAGUGACCAGAUGGCCGACCUGAGGCGCCAGCUGGGCACGUACGAGGCUUCGUCCAAGGCCUGGCAACGCAGGGAAGCCGCCUACCAGCAGGAGAUGGUCGCCAUAAAGGAAGAGGCGUCCCAUCACAUUACGACGAUUGCAUCCCUGAAGGCCAGCAAUCUGAAGUUGAGCCGCGACCUGGAAGAGUUUGAGAACACCCACAGGGAGACCCUGCAAUACCUGGAGAAAGUGGAGAGCGACAUGGACGGACAGAAGAGCUUUGCUGAGACUGAAAUCAUGAAGUUGAACCAGACCAUCGCACAACAGACAAAGCUGAUCAACUUUCUGCAAGCCAAGGUCACCGAAAUGGAGAAAAAGAAAAAGAAGCUGUGGGGUGGCCGGGGCAAGGACGGCAUCUGCUGUGGCACAAACCUGACACAGACGUCGACAUUGGAAAGCAGCCUGAGCAAAUACCAGUCGAAGUGCCGUCAGCUGCAGGACGCUUUGGAUCGCAGCCACGCUGAGGCCAUGAGGCUACGCCAACAGUUGAACCAGACACUGGCAGCAGCCGAAUCUCGCCACAGCAACCCUCAAGCAUCUGAAACCGCUGCCGUGCCAACGUCUCCCAAGAGCCGUGCACUGCUCACCGCACUGACGCUCUCUCCGAGUGUCAGCGGAGCUGCGCGUACAGAGGUGGCCAAGGCCCAGGUGUCCCAAGAGGAUGUCGGUGAUGGGAGUGGGGAGAGCAGCAGCGUGCUUCCCCCUCCGUCUCUGCGCAUGCAGCACAACAUCCCUCACCGGUUCCACGUGGUGCUGUGCAUGCGCCCCACCAAGUGCGCCGCCUGCCUCGAUGCCAUCCACUUUGGCCGCUACGCCUCUCGGUGCCAAGAGUGUGGUGCAGUGUGCCACCCCAAGUGUUCCACAUCCGUUCCCAGCACGUGCGGAGUCCCUGCCGAGUACGUGCGCAAGUUCUCGGACACCAUGGCAACCGAACGUUCCUUGAGCACCACGCCACCGUCGACACCCGGACCACACGUCAAGUUCGCUCCGAACGUGUGUGAGGUGACGUUUGACAGCUCGCUGCCCCGCGGCUGGGUCAAGGUGCUCAGGUGCAGUGGGGGAAAGCAGAACUGGCACAAGUGCUUCCUGGUGCUCUAUCGCCGUGUCCUGUACCUCUUGGACCAAGUGUCGGAACCCAUCGGACCGGCGGGUGACAACACGAACCAAACUGUAGAGGCAGAGGAUUGCUACGGAGAGAGCCUCGAGUCUGCGUGCCAGGAGCGGAUACGAAUGUCCCCAUCGGAUGGCGAGGUGUUGGUGAGCAGUGCCGUGCCGGCCACCGAGCUGACGGGCACUGCAAAAUCCGACAUCCCGUACACCUUCAAGGUGGAGCUCAAGCCACACACCACGUGCUGGCCGCCCAAGUGCCUGUACAUCAUGGUGCCUACGUUUGCCGAAAAACAGAUGUGGGUGUCUGCCCUCGAAAUGUCUGCUGGACACAACAUUGACCCUUCGAAAUGUAAUGCUGGUGACACAGUCUUGAGGCUUGGAGGUGACCAAGUCCUAGAUGUCAACUGUGUCCAUGAGCUGUCCUACGAGUACAUUCUUCUGGGCGCCAUGGAAGGCCUUUAUGUCGUCGACCUGGUAGCCAGGACUGUGCGGCGUCAAGUUGCAGCUGUCCCUGCUGUCUUUCAAGUUGCCGUGUGCACGCAGCUGGGCGUGGUGCUUGCAAUAUGUGGUCAAGAGCGCAAGCUGAUGCUGACUAACUGGGCAUCGAUGCAGCCGUGGGUGGAGACACUCCCAGGCCGAGACGUUGCAGCCGAUCCACCGGAGUGGCGCUUGGUGGAGGACGUGAAGGAGUGCCAUUUGUUUGCCACAUCACAGGACGGCAUCACUCUUUGCAUGGCGACUGGCCGGGCCAUCUAUGUGCACGUCUGGAAUGCCUCGCACGCUAACUACACCUGCCGAAAGGAGAAAAAGACCAGCGAGCCUUGCAGCUGUAUAUUAUUCACACCGUACACCAUCCUGGUUGGUUGUGACACAUUCUACGAGAUUGAUGCCAAAGACUUUUCAUUUGAGGACUUCCUGGACCCCACGGAUCACUCGCUGUCUUUCUUGACGUACAGCGCAACGCAGCUGCGCAGCUUUCCAGUGUCAGUGCUGCAGGUGGCUCCGCCCGAUUACAACCCAGAGUACCUGCUUUGCUUCCAUGAACUGGGAGUGUUUGUAAAUGCUGAUGGCAGGCGCACACGUGAUGACCUGAAGUGGUCCAGGCUUCCUCUCGCCUUUGCAUACAAGUCACCGCACCUGUUCAUCCAGCAUCUCAACUCAAUAGAAAUCCUGGAGAUCAAAGCCAGGGGUGCCAAAGAAAGCGGGUUGCAUCGCAUUGUGCUGGUCAGCAACCCUCGGUUCCUGGGCCUGUCCUCGGUGGGUUCCAUGUACCUGGCAUCGUUCCACAGCGGUCAACUGGAGAUCAUCUCGGUGCACGCCACCGCCAACAGCCACAGUGAUCAGGCACAGUUGCCUUCGAGUAGCCAGGAUGAGAGCAGCGAAGCUGCCGAAAGUGACGAGAUGCAGUUCUCCUUCACGUCGUCGGUGGUCGAGGCACUGGAGGAGUGAAGCUGUCCUAGCACGAGUGCACAUUUUUCAGCCACUGGUGGCCAAAAAUACACUUGUAUACACACUAUGAAUGUGAUAGGCGACAAGGUCACAGCUCCUUCCUCUUGUUCACACGUCACAUUUUUUUAUUGCGUUUAUAUAUAUAUAUGUGUAUAUUUUUACGUUUUAUAGAUUGUGCGAACCUCCGGGAAGUUUUUUCACUGGAUGCCAUCUUGCGCCAAGCAGUCUUACUUACGCCACCUGAAAAAAAAAAAAAUGAAGCAUACUGACAACAGGCCAUAAUGCCCAAGCAAUGAGGCACAUUUCUGGUUGCCAAAUUAUUUACAAAUGCCCACAUUGAAGAAGCAUUUUGGAAAUGAGGUCGGGUAAAUACCUUUAUGUUUUCCUGAACACAAUGUACAGUACAAUUUUUAUGUGUUUUAUCAAAUUUCAGUGGCGCCAAAUUUAUGGAAUAAAAACUGUAUUUUACCCUUGGA